GAAAACGCAGAGCAGUAUUACUACCAUUUCCUCAGGACACUGUGAGCACUGCGCAGCAGGAAUGUCGAGCGACCUCGUCGACAGCGUGCCGCGCAUGCAGUACGUGGACCGGCACGAGCUCCUGCGAUCGCUGCUCACCACGGAAGAGUUCCAGGAGCGGCGACAGGAGCAGCUGAACGACAGCACCACCGUCUACGUCGGUAAUCUGUCCUUCUACACCACUGAGGCGCAGCUGUACGACCACUUCGCGCCGUGUGGGCACAUACGCGAUGUUGUCAUUGGCCUCAACGAAGCAACCCGCUGCCCGUGUGGGUUUUGCUUCAUCGUGUACGAGUCCCAGGCGGCGGCGGUGAGGGCGGUGCAGGGGCUGAACGGGUCGCUGCUGGACGACCGCGUUGUCUCGGUCAGCUGGGAUGUCGGGUGUGACGGCAGUCGACGCUGGGGACGCGGCGCACACGGUGGUCAGGUGGUGGACGGCGUGCGACAGAACCUGGACGAGGGCCGUGGCGGCCUCGGCGCACUGCGGCGCGACGCCUUGGGCGUAGCCGCGUCGACGGCGGAGGACGAGCUGGUGACUUAUGAGUGGGUGGCGGCGCCUGCAAAGCGUCGUACGGCGCACACGCGGUGA